AUGUCCCCCACAUGCUGCGCUUUACCGUCCAUCUCAACUGCACGGCACGGCACGGCACGGCACGGUGCGCCAGCAGUUCAUAGGAGAGGAGGAGUCAUCGGAGCGGGGCACGGCGGGGCUGGGGGACGACCCCACGUGGAUGGUCGACCCCCUCGACGGCACCACCAACUUCGUGCACCGGUGGGUGCGCCGCUGCCGCUGCCGCUGCCGCUGCCGCUGGGGGUGGGGGUGGGGGUGGGGGUGGGGGUGGGGGUGCCGCUGGGGGUGCUGCUGGGGGUGCCGCUGGGGGUGCCGCUGGGGGUGCCGCUGGGGGUGGCGGUGGUGGGUGGGGGUGGCGGCGGGGAUGGCGGUGGCGGUGGGGGUGGGGGUGCAUCCCUGCAAUGGCACAAACAGCAGUCUUGGCGCGCCCCUAACCUGCACCUGUGGAGAUGGGCAGCCGGCAUCAUCUCUCCUUCUCAACCUUAUCUCAUCACCUCCUUUGCUUCAUUCAUAUCUACCCCCCUCUCUGCGUCUUGGCCUACAUGCCCUGCCCCCUGUGCCCCACACCAUGCGGGCAUGGAGCGUGCGUGGCGGGAGCAGAUGUUCACAGCAAUGAGGGGCCAUGGUGCCAUGCUCAACGACGAGCCCAUCCAUGCAUCUUCGCAAGCAGACAUGGGGUCAGCGCUACUCGCCACUGAGAUAGGCACCAAGAGGGACGCAGGCACGGUGGCAGGGCUGACAGGGCGCAUCAGCAACCUGCUCUUCCAGGUGCGGUCGCUGCGGCUGUCAGGGUCGUGUGCGCUGAACCUGGUGGGCGUGGCAUGCGGCCGCCUCGACCUCUUCUACGAGAUCGGCUUCGGUGGACCCUGGGACGUAGCAGCGGGGUCGCUGAUCGUGGAGGAAGCGGGCGGCCUCUGCUUUGACCCGUCAGUGCCCUCCCUUCGCCCUCCCUUCGCCCUCCCUUCGCCCUCCCUUCGCCCUCCCUUCGCCCUCCCUGCUCUAAAGACCUGUCAUCUUUGA